GUCAAUGAUGCAGAGUCAUGCACUUCUGAACCACAGCCACCCAAGGGACGCUUAGCGCGUUAUUUUAAAUUUUUUUUUUUUCAAUUUAAUACGAGGCAGCUCAACUGAAAAAAUGUGUACUUUUUUUGGGUUUUCCCGUCAACAAUUUAAUCAGCUCUUCGUAAAACUUGGAAAUUGUUACUGGUUUGGCGUUUAUGUACUUUUUCGAUAUUUUUCGCUCUGAGUCCGAAUUCUCGGAAAUUAAGUUACUGCUAAGUUAGUGAAUAAUUUUUACAUGAACAGACAUAUACAUACAUAUAUCCCCAAAUUAUCCGCACCAAUAACCUCCUCGUUUUUAGACUGCCGCUGAAAUACUUUUAUUUCAGUGCGCCUUGCCAAAUAUGCUUCCGGUCAAGUUCAAGAACCCAAAAUCGAAACCUGCUCCAGUUUAGCGUAAAUUAUAGCUCGUGCGCAAUAAUGGCGCAUGAAUAAUUUGGUAUUACAAGUGAAUGCAUUUCACUUGCUUUCGUUUUUUAUGAUUGUUUUUUGCUCAACUUUCGGCCGCCGCAAACUGUGCAAUACUGCCGAAAGCAAGCGGCGAUCACAUUCACAGCUUGCACAAUCGCUUGGCGGUAUGCGCAGCGCGUUGAAGUGAGCUUUAUAAAUCAGCAGGCGCAACAAAAACAAUAACAAUGAAAAACUGAUUUAAGUGCUGCAAUCGUACGCUUCCACUUUAGUAUCCCAGCGCUAAGCGCGCGCUGCACAACGGUAACGCGCCUCGAAAAACCAAAGUAACGCAUCUACUUUCACACAUUCAAUUAUUUCCUUUUCCGCCAACGCAAUGGAACGCUGGGUGGACAAAGUGGCAGUGGUCACAGGUGCUAGCUCUGGCAUUGGCUGGGCCAUCGCGCAGGACUUACUCAAAUCGGGCAUGAUAGUGAUUGGAUUCGCGCGCCGCCUGCAACAAAUGGAGGAGCUUAAGGAGGAGUUGGAUGCUUCCAUACGUGAACGUUUCUAUCCACGCUCCUGUGACUUGACUGUGCUGCCCUCGGUAAAGAGCAAUUUCCAUUGGAUUGAGCAACGUUUCCAUCGCCUGCAUGUGCUCAUCAACAACGCUGGCAUGGUGGAGAUGACCAAAGUGCUGGAGGAGGGCAAUGAGGCCACGCUGAAACAAGUGAUCGAUGUCAACUUAAUGGGCACAGUGAAUUGCACAAAGCAGGGUUAUAGGCUGAUGCAGGCCACCAUGGCACAGGGCGAAGCGUGUCACAUAGUGACUGUAAACAGUCUAUUGGGUCAUACUGUGCCACUACACAUACCAGAGUGUGGCUUAAAUUUGUAUCCGGUGGCGAAACACGCGCUGUGUACACUGCAUGAGGUUUUGCGGCGAGAGCUCUUUCCGCACAAGCUGAUCCGUUUGUCGUCCAUUAGUCCUGGCUUGACGCGCACGGAUUUUGGUGGCGCGCCAUCCGAUGAUGAGAAAAAAAAGUGGGAGGAAUUAAUUGAACCGGACGAAAUUUUGCUGCCCGAGGAUGUGGCGCGCGGCGUUAAUUUUAUACUCUCUUCACCGCCGCAUGUGACUAUAGCUGAUUUGCUGAUGGUGCCGGCGCGCGAGAAGUAUUGAAUGCCAUACUUUAAUGGCGGCAAAUACUUUUUUAAAUGCAUAAAUUUUAAGUCUAUACUAAAUUAACUAAAAAACAAAAGGGGUAAUAAAUAAUAAUUAAAAUAUUUGCAAAUUUAUUAAUCAGAUUUUUUUUUUUUUUUUUCUACUUUUUACUUUAGUUCACACAAUUAAUUUUAUGCGUGUAUUCAUUUUUUUUUACAAAAACCGCAGCUGGGUAUUCAAGAAUGGAAAAACGGUAAUCAGACUGGUUCUAUAAUUCACUUUGUCAAUUAUAGU